AUGUUCAAUGUAGUGAAUAACAGAGUAGCGGACAAAUUCGGUCAAGGAGUAGUUCCUGAAAUCAAAGUAGCUCAGUGUCUUCAAAGCUUGCAGGAUCACCAAGACGUCAGGCUCAUCCUGAUUCACACUUUUUGGAAGACCAAUGAGCAUGGUGAGAUCCACAGGGGUGUGAUUGAAUUGACCACCAUCUCUGCUGUACAUGCUUUGACGGUAGUUGUAUGCAAGACUUGGGUUCAUUUGUCUUUUGAAAUCAGGCGAUCCCGGGUGUUUGAAUUCAUAGCCAGAAAGACAAAGACUCACGACGUUGAUCAGUCUAUCGUUGAUGAUUGGCUCUAA